GUUUUGAAUUGAGCUAAAAACAUGGCGGGCGGUGAAGCCGUUCUGGAGAGGCUCACACAUCCCGAGGUCGCAGAUUUUUUAAUUCGAGGAGCAAGAUUCAUAAAAUGGGACGAGGACUCUACGGUAGGACUGCAAUGUACGGUGAAGGUAGACCCGGCGGCCCAUUUAAUCUAUUGGAGAGCCGAAGAUAAGGAGACCGAUCUGUUGGAGCUGACUUCUAUUCGGGAUAUCAGGACAGGAAAAUCGGCGAAAAUUCCAAAGGAUAAAAGCUUGCGAGACUCUUUAAAAAUUGGCGGAUCGGAAGAAGACUCCAUACAAGACAAGACUAUUACAAUUGUGUAUGGGUCAACUUUAGUAGAUAUCUACUAUGUGAACUUUGUUGCUCCUGGAUCUGUGAACACUGCACGUGAAUGGGCAGAUGCUUUGUUUUGCUUAACGCACAAUCUCUUGGCCAUAAAUGCUUCACCUAUCUCCUUCCUUGAAAAACUCCACUCUAAAAUAUGUGUCCAAACAAGUGGAGAUGGAAAAAUCCCUGUAAAAAAUAUUUUAAAAUAUGUGAGUUCCAGCAAAGAAGAUAAAAAAAGAGUGCUGGAUACUCUUCAGUCUGUGGGUUUGCCUCAUGGAAAAAAUGAUACUAUUGCCCCUGAUAAAUUUAGUUUUGAAGAAUUCUGGGCAUUCUACAGCAGACUAUGUGACAGAAAAGAUAUUGACAAAAUCUUUGCUGAAAUUGGUGCAAAGAAGAAGCCAUACCUGACAGUGGACCAACUUGUGGAGUUUCUCAACAAUGAACAAAGAGACCCUCGCCUAAAUGAAAUCCUUUUUCCUUACUGCACAAGUGAAAAAGCUCAAGCUAUAAUUGACAAAUAUGAACCAAACAGAGACUUUGCAAAGAAGGGCCACUUUUCUGUUCAAGGACUCACAAGAUAUCUUAUGAGCGAUGACAAUUUCAUCAUCAACCAUGAUCGCUUGUCAUGUUAUCAAGACAUGACACAGCCCCUAUCACAUUAUUUCAUUAAUUCAUCACACAACACAUAUCUAACAGGUCACCAGUUGACUGGGAAAUCAUCAGUAGAAAUGUACAGACAAGCGCUAUUGGCUGGAUGCCGUUGUAUAGAAUUGGACUGUUGGGAUGGAAAAGACCAAGAUCAAGAACCUGUCAUCACCCAUGGAAUGACAAUGUGUACACAGAUCUCAUUUAAGGAUGUGAUAGAAGCAAUUGCAGAAUGUGCCUUCAAGACAUCAGAAUACCCUGUUAUUCUUUCCUUUGAGAAUCAUUGCAGUCCUAAGCAGCAAGCUAAGAUGGCAGCAUACUGUGUCAGCAUCUUUGCUGAUAUGCUUCUCAACAAACCCUUAGAUGAUUUCCCAUUAGAAGAAGGAAAAGGCCUUCCACCUCCAAAAGCACUGUUAAGAAAGAUUGUGAUUAAAAACAAGAAAAGGCCAUCAAAACGUGAGGAAGUAGGUGUGGAUGUCGAAAAGACCCCCAUAGACACCACUGCAGUGAUCAGCAGUGACACAAAGGUGGAAAAAGUUGAUGGAGAGAUAACUGAGAAUGGAGGCAGUGUUAUUAACGAGGAGGAUGUCAGCAAAGCAGAUCAAGAGGAGGUUGCCCCAGAGGUUGAACUUUCUGCUCUUGUGAAUUACAUCCAGCCCGUCCAUUUUAAGAGCUUUGAGACUUCUGAAAAGCUGAAUAGAAGUUAUGAGAUGUCCUCUUUUGUGGAGAAUAAUGCAACGGCUUUACUUAAAGAAAGCCCAGUGGAAUUUGUCAAUUACAAUAAGCGUCAGUUGAGUAGAAUUUAUCCCAGUGGCACAAGAGUUGGAUCAGCAAAUUACAUGCCCCAGAUUUUUUGGAAUGCAGGAUGUCAGUUAGUUGCUCUUAAUUAUCAAACUUUAGGUUAUCUCUGGGCAGUGGCUCACAGAAAAGAAAGUUGGCACAUAUGUUGAAGUAGAUAUGUAUGGCUUACCAGCGGACACUGUCAGAAGAAAGUACAAGACUAAGAUAGUGCCAAAUAACACUAUCAACCCAGUUUAUGAUGAAGAACCUUUUGUGUUUAAGAAGGUUGUUCUACCCAGUCUUGCGGUUUUAAGAAUAGCAUUAUAUGAAGAAAGCGGUAGACUCAUCGGCCAAAGAAUACUUCCAGUAGUGGGUCUUAGUCCAGGUUAUCGUCAUAUUAAGCUACGUAAUGAAUCUAAUCAACCUCUUUGUCUCCCCACAUUAUUCGUGCACAUUGUUACAAAGGACUAUGUUCCAUCUGGAUUUGAAGAUUUUGCAAAUGCGUUGUGUGACCCCAUUGCAUAUCAUCAAGAAGAGAAAAGACAGCAACAGUUACAAUCUUUGUUAGACGAUGAGGAAAUGGAAGAGGAUGCGGCAGGAUCCGAAGCUGUGGUAGAAGAUGGUGGAAAGGCAACUGAAAACGCAAAAGCGAAGUCUGCACCAGGAAGAGAGACAAGGAAGUCAAUAUCAAUAAAAGCAGAGAAAAAGUCAAUAAAAAGAAAUUGCACGAGUGACUCACUCGUAGCUGAAAUCAAUCCUCUGAAUCAAAGACGAGGCUCAGAAAUGAUUCUAAGAGAGGCAUUACGGCGAGACAGCUCCCGUGACAGUAUUUCUGGCAUCAAACCACUUCAGCCACAGAAGAGCGGCAACCCCCAUGCCAUCACGAGUCGUUCCCUUUCGCUCCAAGCAGCCCCUGUGACAGGAGAGAGGGGACCUUUUGCCAAAAGAUCUAGGAGUACCAAAAAACGAGAAGGGAGUAGUAUAAGGGAAGAAAACAUGGCAUUCCGACAUUUUUACACCAAAGUAGAACCUGCAUCCGUCAGAGAACUGAAGGAGCGCAAGCCAUUUUUAAAACUGAACCAAAAACACCAGAAAGAAAUGGACAUCUUGGUCAAAAGACACGAGAAGGAUAAAGACAAACUUCAAAAGAAUCACCUACUGGAGCAGGAGAAGACGAUCAAAGACCUAGAUAAGGAGAAAGUGUCUUCCAAGAAAAAAAGUGACAAAGAACUCAAGAAGGCCGAGAAGAAAGGAAAUUAUGAAGAAAGUUACCGCAAGGGAGUUGAAGGCCUGAACAACCUGGCUCAAAGUCAUGAAAUUAAGAUCAAUACCCUUAAACGUCAACAUCGUGACUCUAUGGUUGACCUGCUGAAAAGGCAGCUGAAUGAACAGUUGGAGCUCGCCGAGAAGCAACUUCUUCCUAAACAAGAGGAACUGGAGAAGCUGAUGCGACUUUCACAGGAGGAGAAGAUGAAAUCACUGGCUGAUUUACACGCUAAGCAAAUGAAUGAAUUAAGAAAGAGCCAGGACAAUCAGAACAGAGAGGAACUUAAAGUGUUGGCGCGACAACAUUCUAACAAAGAUGAACUGCAAAGGAGGAAACGGGAGGAAAACAAGAAACACAUUGAACAGUCCGUCAAAGAGCGACAAAAGAUGACAGAGUUCCACAAGAAAGAAAGCGAAGAGUUGGAGAAAGAACACGAUAAACUAUACGAAACUCUCGAUGAGGAUAGAAAAAAGAGUUCACAAGACCUUCGGACUCUGCACGAAACGAAAGUGAGACAACUGAGCGUCUGUGACCUGGAAAUCACAUAUGCUUCCCUUUAUGGUGACAAGGUAACCAAGCUGUAAUUUUGGACGCCAAGGUU